GGGGAGGGGAGGGAGGCGGGGCCGGGGCGGGCUGGUGUGGGGCGACUGCGCUACGGCCCGACCGGGGCGGUGAUGGCGGCUCCAUAUUAACACCUCCUCCUCCUCCGCGCUCCCGCCCGCCAGCCGUCUCCCCCUUCCCUGACGCCACCUCUCCCCCUCCUCUACCAUGCCCGGCAUGAUGGAGAAAGGGCCCGAGUUACUGGGGAAGAGCCGAUCGGCCAACGGCGGCGCCAAGAGCCCGGCGGGCGGCGGCGGCUCCUCGGCCAACGGCGGGCUGCACUUCUCCGAGCCCGAGAGCGGCUGCAGCAGCGACGACGAGCACGGGGAUGUUGGGAUGAGAGUCGGAGCUGAAUACCAAGCUCGGAUCCCUGAAUUCGAUCCAGGUGCUACCAAGUACACAGAUAAAGACAAUGGAGGCAUGCUUGUGUGGUCUCCUUAUCACAGUAUCCCAGAUGCCAAAUUGGAUGAGUAUAUCGCCAUUGCAAAAGAGAAACAUGGCUACAAUGUUGAACAGGCACUCGGCAUGUUGUUCUGGCAUAAACACAACAUUGAGAAGUCCCUUGCGGACCUCCCAAACUUCACACCCUUUCCAGAUGAGUGGACCGUGGAAGACAAAGUCCUGUUUGAGCAAGCCUUUAGUUUCCAUGGGAAGAGCUUCCACAGGAUCCAGCAAAUGCUUCCAGAUAAGACAAUUGCAAGUCUUGUAAAGUAUUACUAUUCUUGGAAAAAAACUCGAUCAAGGACAAGUUUGAUGGAUCGCCAAGCUCGUAAACUAGCCAAUAGACACAAUCAGGGUGACAGUGACGAUGACGUGGAAGAAGCUCACCCCAUGGACGGGAACGACAGCGACUACGACCCAAAGAAAGAAGCCAAAAGAGAGGGUAACUCUGACCAGCCAGUCCAAACUAGCAAGAUAGGCCUGGGGAGGAGAGAGUACCAGAGUCUGCAGCACCGCCACCACUCUCAGCGAUCCAAGUGCCGCCCUCCUAAGGGCAUGUACCUAACUCAGGAGGAUGUGGUGGCUGUCUCCUGCAGUCCCAACGCAGCCAACACCAUCCUGAGGCAACUGGACAUGGAACUGAUCUCUCUCAAGCGUCAGGUUCAGAAUGCUAAGCAAGUAAACAGCGCACUUAAGCAGAAAAUGGAAGGAGGAAUUGAAGAGUUCAAACCGCCUGAGUCAAAUCAGAAAAUUAAUGCCCGUUGGACCACAGAGGAGCAGCUUCUAGCAGUGCAAGGUGUCCGCAAAUAUGGUAAAGAUUUUCAAGCUAUUGCAGAUGUAAUUGGCAACAAGACUGUUGGCCAAGUGAAGAACUUCUUUGUAAACUACAGGCGUCGGUUUAACUUAGAGGAGGUAUUGCAGGAGUGGGAAGCAGAACAAGGAACCCAGGCUUCUAAUGCUGAUACUUCUGCUUUAGGGGAGGAGACAAAAAGUGCUUCUAAUGUGCCGUCAGGGAAGAGCACUGACGAAGAAGAGGAGGCACAGACCCCACAGGCUCCUCGGACUCUGGGUCCAUCACCUCCUGCCCCAUCAUCCACUCCAACACCAACAGUCCCCAUUGCCACUCUGAACCAGCCUCCACCACUUCUUCGUCCAACACUGCCUGCCGCCCCUGCUCUUCACCGGCAACCUCCUCCACUCCAGCAGCAGGCUCGGUUCAUCCAGCCACGGCCAACUCUCAAUCAGCCUCCACCACCUCUCAUUCGCCCUGCUAACUCCAUGCCACCCCGCCUAAACCCAAGACCAGUGUUGACCACGGUUGGCGGUCAGCAGCCACCUUCACUCAUUGGGAUUCAGACAGAUUCACAGCCUUCACUGCACUAAUUACACUGGACAAAGGCUCACCUAUCAUUGUACCAGUGCUCAUUUGACUGAUCCAAACGAGGCAAACUAGUCUGUCCUGUGGCAGUGGUCUAGCCUAAGUGGGUGCUCUCACACAGGAAGUGUGGCAGUGGUCUAGCCUAAGUGGGUGCUCCCACACAGGAAGUGUGGCAGUGGUCUAGCCUAAGUGGGUGCAUACACAGUGGACUAGUAUAAGUGGUAUGACACAGCAGGAGGUCUCUAGUUGGCCUCCUUUCUAGUGUCCACUGUGAUCUCAUGGGAAGAAAAGUAUUCUCUAUACCAAGGGGUUUUUGUUCAUUUUUACUGUAUUUAUUUUGUUGAGGUUUCUUAUUUCCUGCCUCUUCAUACUCAAAACCGUUAGUACAAAAAUAUUGACUUAGGAAUUGUAAAAAAAACAAAACAAAACAAAAACUCCUUAAGUUCCUUAAGGAUGUUUAUCUUUUUGCUUUUAUCUUUAAUUUAAAUUUUUUAAAAAACACUUUCCUAUGUUAGGAGUGCAAGAUAAAUAGCCUGCAUUUCAGAUUUUGAUAUGUUCAUAUUUAAGAAAUUAUAGCUUCAUAUCCCUUUUUUCAAAAUAUGUUGCUUUUUUUCUAAAGGAAUUUUAGUAUAUUCCUUUAAAAGAAAGCAAUUAAAUCAAUUGCAAAGCAAUUAUAUGAAACCACAAAGAAUGUAUUGAACCUGCUAAUCCUUUAACAUAGUUUGGGGUCUUAGUGCAAAGUCCUUGUUUAAAGGUCAUUGACCCUGUUAUCUGUCAAUAAUAGAGGUUUGGAAUCACUCACAUGCAGAAAAAGGACUUAAAAUUUGGUGAGAUAUAACGUUUUUUAAGUUCUUUGAAAAUAUUAAUUUUGAAAAAAUGUUUCUAAAUGCUAUUUGCUUUUAGCUAGUAUCUGCCUAUGUUGGGAAUUUAGAACAAUCUUUUGUCGGUUAUGUAGAGAUGGUGGUUAUGGAAACAUUUAUUUACAGUUUAUCUUCUGAACUUAAGGUUCAUACUCACUACGAGGAUCUGUGUUUGAUACAAAGAGUGUUGGGUUUUUUUUUUUCUUGAUGAAUCUGUUAUACAUCUGAAUACAUUUGUAUGAUCCUUACAACCAACCUGGGCUUGUGGUUUGAUUUAGGGCUAAAUCAUCGGCAUCACAAGAUGAACUUAAGAAUUCAUUGUGUUAUUGCAAUAAUUGUGCCGUUAACUAAAGUACCGAACCCGCUUUUAUGAAGAAACAGAGACUUAAGGUCUUUUUAUUCCAACACAAAAUCAUUAGCACCCACAAAGAAUAUUUUACAAUGACGGCAUUUCAACAGCGUGUUACUGACAGCUUUGAUAGAAUGACUUCAUAUUGGAAGCGUGGCUUGCUACAGAGGGACAGAUUGCCAGGGCCGCAGGCUGCCCACAUCAGAGGGGUCAUGUAUUCCUUAAGUACUGGAAAAAUAGUCCCUUUAUGGGCUCUCCAGCCCACUGGUCAAUUUUAAUUUUCAGGUUUUCCUUCAAAAGGACCCUCUAUUCUGAUAUAAUUGAAGGUGGCUUGCAGGAAAGGCCCUUUUUUUUCCCCCCCUCAUCAGAUCACCUUAAUAGUUUAUGCCCCGUAUAAAAUGUAACUGAUCUAAAAAAUAAUAUUAAAGAAUUUAUACUUAUUUUUACUUUAAAAGCCAUGGAAGACGGUUAUGUAUCUUAAACUGUCUAGAGCAUUUUUGGAAGCACUUGUCUUGUGUAUGUGCAUAUUAUACCGCGACAGCUUUCAUUGUCUUGUCUCUCGUCAGUAGACCUUCAGUGCAGUCUGUGGGAGAUGUCUGUCAAGUUGUUCAGCACCAGCAUCUGUCCAGAUGUUCAGUAUCUGUGGUUCAUUUAAAAUCUGUUCUGACACAGACAUGGGCUUAGGUGCUGUAUCUGAGGGAUAUGUUGCAAUUUUAUUUUACAAACACUAGAGCACACAGUAGAAAAAUCGUAGUUUCAUUAGUAAUAUGACACAUGUAUAUAGUGAGAUGUCUUUAUUGUGUGCUUUGCAUAUUUUGUAAAUAUUUUGCACGUCAUUAUUUUACUUUUUUUUUUUUGUUUGUUUGUUUGAGCAGUGUUUGGCCUGGAAGAGUAAUAUGCUUGCUGCUUAAAGGAUUAAAGAUUUAAAGGUG